GUUGUGCGAAGUUGACGAAAGAGCAAAUAUAUACAGUGCAAAGCAUUGGUUACUGCCAUAACGUGUGUGGUGGUGGCCUUUUCGGAACUAUUGCAAUGGCAUCGAGCGCUCAGGUCACGUGUGCUUAGCAUUUUAUUUUGAUAUCACUUAAUACAAAUUAUUGCCGAAAAACUUACAUGUGUUGCAUUAAGAAACAUUGAGCACGUAAAACGUUUAUUUAGGAAAUCAUUAUGCUAUUCAGUCAUUACAGGUAUAGCAUUAUAUGACUGGUUAUACAUCGGUCUCAAUAAAUGUAAGAUAAUUUGGUCUCAAUUAAUGAAUUCGUAUUGUUUUCCGCGUAGCACACUUUGCCCUACAUGUCUUGCAAUACUGUUUUCAAAAUUUAAAAGAAUGAAUACUAUCAAUACUUGUUCAUAUAUACUAAUGAGAGCUCUUAUUGUAAGGCAUUGCAAUGUACCCAUUGAAGUAAACUUAUAAAAGUAUCAUCGACAGGCACUCUAGAACCGAACACAUUAUAAACCGUUGUAUGCAUUGUUUGUAACAUAAAAUAAAGUCAACAUAUGCGACAACCUCUGUAAAUACUAAUUCCAUAAUUUCAAUUAAAUUGUACCAAAGUCUGUAACAACGUAAAUUGGUUUCAAGUUACUAACAUAUUUCAACCAGUUAAGGCCAGAAAUAGAUAGUUUGUUAACGCAGCGCCGUUAUAUGUUUAAAACAGUGUUGCACACGUACAAUAAAUCCGCGUAAACAACCAUGCAGAAGUCCGAUAAUAAUCAAUCAUAUAAGUUUCAAAAAGGGUUAAUGAAUAUGUAAAAAAGCGGGGCAAGAUAUGACUUGAUCGCUCAUUUGAGCAAUGUUUUAAAAACGAAUUACGAUAAUAUAAAAUCAUUCGUGUUUGGCAUUAUUUGAACAACAUUUGUAGACGGAUCCUUUGUAUAAUAUUUAGUUAACCACGAAUACACACCUUACACCAUGAGAUAUGUUAAAAAAAUCCGAUUUCAUUACCUUUUUCAGAGGUACCGUUUUAAAACCUUCGUUGAAUAUGGAAAAUAUUAUAUUGUAUUAUUAAUUGGAACAGUUUCAGUGUCGGUGUGUACUUCGAUCAGUAGACAUACUCUUGAAGCAGUGCUUUGGAAUGACCAACACGUUGUGUACCGACUGUUGGCCAAUAUACACUCAGACAACUGUCACCGCAGUAAAAGAACUUGGGUCUAUCGACAAUUUGGGCCUAUCGACAAUUGAUUGUCUGACAUACUAUUACCCGACAUUUCAUUGGAGUCGAUGCGAAGACACUCAAAGAAAAGUCAUGUGCAGCAAACAAAACUAUACAGAUUCAACAGCAAAGGCGAGUGUCAUCGACAAAUCAGAAAUAACGUGGCGAACUGGCAUUCCUCAUUGUUUGAAAUACAACAUGUACCCAGCGUCACAAUGCAGCAUAAUGAAUGCUGGAUUUGGGUUACCGGAAAGUCAGCCGUACUGGACAGGAGUAAUACGAGCCCACACUUUAGUUAAGAAAUCGACAAUAUGCAAUGGUACAUCGAUACCAGAGGAGGGAUAUGCAUGGAUUACAGAUAAUGAUAAAACAAUUCACCUGUCAUUCUUGGAUGUUAAACAAGCUAUAUGUGUCGAAGCGAAUGCUACACCACUUUCUACGACAACGAUAUUAAAGACACAAGAUUCAACGCACAGCACCUACGCCAACCAUGUUGAGGAUCAAAUUUCGACCAACGUUGAUUCGAAUAGUGUUGGUGUUGGUGUCGGUGUGUCAGUUGCGGUUCUAUUCGCAGUAGGUGGAGCCGUGAUUGUUAUUGUACUAAAAAGGAGAGGUCUAUUGCCUUGCAGAUUGGAAUCGAACAAUGCCAAAACUAAUUCAGAAUCACGCGAAUGUGCAAGCAAAUCUAAUGAAUCUUAUGAAGAUGAAAUAAAAAAUCAUAACAAUUGUAUAAUGGAAAAAUGCGCACAAUCAGUGGACGAAAGGGAAGCUCAUAAGAACAAAGCGGAUCAACCAAACGUAGGAAAUACUGAGACCGAUAAUUACAAUUCAAUCGAUGAAAUAGAUGAACAUUAUCAAAGUGUAAAAGAUGAGUUCGUCUACACAAACAAAGCCCUACAAAGCGGAACUUAUAGCAGGAAACCAGACAAUGUAUACAACAAACUCAAGCUGGACCUUCCCGGAGACGAUGCUCACGUAGGAAGACUCGGGCAUAACAUUUCCAAAGCAGGCAGCGACUACGAUACAACUGCUGUGGCGCGCAGGAACGACGGGGACGGAGACUAUAGCCAUAUCCCGCAUCCUGAUAGUACAACCUGUGCACGACUGAAUGGAUUAAAAGAUGACUAUGAAGUUAUCAAUGGACAGAAGAUAAAAUUUUCCCCAAGCGACUCUGCAGAUUAUGCUCACGUCAGAGUUUAGGAAAGAAUUAAGUAAAUGCAUGAUUGAAUGAUAAAUGUAACAGAACUUUGUGACGUACAUCUUCUUUUUCAAAUACUCCGAAAAAUACAUUUGAAGCGUAUCGGCGUUGCCUGCGUGAAUUUUUAAAUAUUAAUUUAUCUAUAGUUAAGCCAAAUUGACUAUGCGUUGCAUUCUAGCUUCAUAGAAAAAUACAUUAAUAAGACAUGUUUUUUCAUUUUAACAACAAAUGCAACAACAACAAGAACUAUGGUGUACAGUUUAGAAACAUAUCAUUGUUUUACCAUCUUAAAUAGAAAUACAUUUUAUCAGAAACAAAUAUUUGAAGUACUUGUCAAUCAUGUACUUGAGUGAACAUUUACUCGCAAGUAUUCCCUUGCUUUAGGUGACGGUAUCGCGCAUAUUAUAUUUCUUGUAUAAAAGCGGGUUUAGUCAUUUUAAACUUUAUUCAGAAUUAGACCAUAUAAUUCCUAGAUCACUUUACAUUUUAAAUAAUAUAGCAUCAGCCUUUUUUGUAGAAUGACAGUAUAGAUAAAUUAAUUUUGCUCUGUGUGUACUUAUAACAGGAUUUUAUGUAAGAAAACGUAACAAUCACAUCGCAUAACUAUAAGUGCUAAUUUGUAAAUACAGUGGCUAUUACUUCUUUGGGGACGACUUUGAUGUGAGUACGGUCUUAAAAGAUGGCAUUUGUUUCUUAUUACUAAUUUAAUGUGAAAGACACUUGCUUAUGUUAUGUUGUGUUUAACAUAACUUCUAACUGCGUAUUGACACCCGUUUCUCAUCUGUAUUUUAUAAAUGUGUGUACAAAUAAACUAAGUUACAAGUUUUA